CGGUCCCCGAGCUCCUCACAGGCCGCUUGUCAUCGGCUUGCCUGAAGAGCCAGUCCAAGGGACUCCCGUGAGCCUCCCCCGCCGAGUCCGGUGCAACCCCCAUGCCCUCGAUGGCUCAUGGGAACUCAAUGGCUGCCUCCGCUGCCUCCAGCCCCACUUUCAAGGCCUCCUGGGGAAUGGGCCAGAAACGAGUGGCCCUGAUUGCCUGCCUGUUGGUCCUCAUCGUGCUGCUGCUGGCCCUCAUCCUGCUCUUCCUGUUCUGGCGAUCUGGCACGGGCAUCGUUUACAAGGAGCCGACCGAGAGCUGCCAUGAGCACGCCGAGCGGUGCGACGGGGUGGCGGACUGCGCCCAGAGGAGUGACGAGCUGGACUGUGUGCGCUUCGGCUGGAACCAGUCCCUGCUGCACGUGUUCUCCGGGGUGGAGAAGCAGUGGCUGCCCGUGUGCAGCGCGGCCUGGACCGAGGACCUCUCCAGAAUGACCUGCCAGCAGCUCGGCUUUCUGAAUGCCUCCCAAACGGAGUAUAUUCCACUGCCUUUUUCUGGGAAAAGUCUCUCCGUCGGACAGGUGCGCGACACGAUCCAGCAGAGCCUCAACAGAAGCUCCCAGUGCCACUCCAGGAAAUACGUUGCCCUCCGCUGCACAAGCUGUGGGCAACGGAUCUCUGGCCGUGUCGUUGGCGGCACAGAAGCGUCGGCCAGCAAGUGGCCGUGGCAAGUGAGCCUGCAGUACGGCUCCACGCACGUCUGUGGGGGCACCAUCAUCGACCCGCAGUGGGUGCUCACUGCGGCCCACUGCUUCUUCGUGAAUAGUGUGAAGAUCCUGGAUGAGUGGAAGGUGUAUGCCGGGGCCUCUGACCUCAGGCAUCUGACCGAAGGCAUCCUGGUUUCUCAGGUCAUCAUCAACACCAAUUACAGCGAUGACCACGACGACUACGACAUUGCGCUGAUGAAGCUCUCCCGGCCCCUGGCCCUCUCAGCUCAGGUCCGCCCAGCCUGCCUCCCCAUGUCUGGCCAGAAGUUCCCUCCGGGCAGGACCUGCUCCAUCACCGGCUUUGGCAAGGUCAACGAAAAUGAAGAGAACACGUCCCCCAAACUGCGUGAAGCAGAGGUGAAGAUCAUCGACUACCAGCUCUGCAACAGCCAGCUUGUCUACGAGGGUCACCUGACCCCCCGCAUGAUGUGUGCAGGGUACUUGCAAGGGGGCCGAGACUCCUGCCAGGGUGACAGUGGGGGCCCCCUGGUAUGCCAGGAUGGCAGCCGCUGGUACUUGGCCGGAGUGACCAGCUGGGGGACAGGCUGCGGCCAGAGGAACAAGCCCGGUGUCUACACGCAGGUCACCAAGCUGCUUAGCUGGAUUCACAGCAAAAUGGAGAGCAACUGAGCAGAGGAGGAAGGCUGCCCCUCCUGCAGAAGCGCCUCCUGCUCCUGGGACAUCCAGAGUCCAGCAUGGCAGAGGAGCAGCUGCUGCCACGGGCUCCUGGGCGAGGCUUGGAGAGUCGUGCAGCUGCUAUGGCAGAGCGUUU